AUGCUUCCCAUUCAGGUUGUUUCCCUUCGUGUUCCGCCUUUUGCCGCCCUUAUCGCUCCCGUUACGAUCAGCAUCAUCACCAUGGAGCUCUUCGGAGCCCCGGUCAUCAGCGCUGAGAGGGCGACCACGGCAGUUUUGGCCCUCCUGUUACUACAGGCAGCAGCCAAUCAGAUUAAUUCUGUUGCUGAUUUCUUCAACGGUGUAGAUGAUAUUCACACUGCUUCUGAUCGAAGCUUAGUAGACGGCAUACUAACUCCUAAGGCCAUGGUAUGGUCCGCUGUCGCCCUCACUGGCCUCUCCGGAGCCUUGCUCCUUGUGAACAUCCCUGAGAUCGAAAGCUCCUAUCGGGGAUACGUCACUCUUUCGUGGAUAGCUCAAGCAUCGUUUGCAAUUCUGUAUACCUCCGGUCCGUUUCCUCUCAAGUACUAUGCUAUGGGAGAUUUGGUCAUUCUCUUAGCAUUCGGUCCUUCCGUGAGUGCUUUGAUGGCUCUGUGGGCAAGCGACCCCACCAGAUCGCUUCCGGUCCUCCCCGGUGUAUUCGCCUUCACGCUGCCCAGCAUCCUUGUCACUAUUGGUGUUCUCAAUGCGAACAACAUUCGAGAUUUGGAUUCUGACGCCGCUGUGGGCAUCUAUACUGUCGCCAACAUCCUCGGUCAUAGAUGGUGUCGCAUUUACUUCGGAGUCCUACAGUUGCUGCCACAUAUUAUAUCUCUCUGGCUGGCCGUAUGCUUACCAUUGUUACGGUAUCCUAUUUUCUCUCGCUGUUAUUCCGAGAUCCCUAUCUACUAUAUCACGUAUUUGCCUGAGCCCUCAGAGUGAUCCUGAAUACAAAAGGGUGGUGAAAUAUGCAUCUCAUACAACUCUUAUGUAUGGCCUGGCCUCAGCUAUGGGCAUAUCAACAGCCCCCAUCGGAGUCGGCUUGGACCAGGUCAGCUCGGGCGGGGUCCUCGCUACCUCAGCUGUGAUCGGCUUCCUGUAUUGUGUCGGUUAGGAACUUAACUGUGUGGAGUUGCUCCUAUGUCUGAAUUCCGGUUUUUCUCACUGAUGAGGUUGAUGGUAGUUUGCCUGGUCUUCGCAAUAGAUAUUUUUUUCAUGCUAGCGGCAGUCCUCUAGUAGGCAUUUACUCGCUACUGUAGUGCUA